AUGUUCCUCGCUUUGUUGUGGCUGUUUGCCCUCUCCCACGCAAUCCAUCAUGUCUCUGCCAGUCCAGCCGUCACAGCGGCGCCGUUUUUCUCCCCCAGACGGCCAAGAGAUCGGCUCUUGGAGCUCGAACGACGCGACUCAACAACGGAGUUGAGCACAUGUGGCUACCUCAACGGUAACAUCGACAGCCCACGCACAGCCCAACCAGGGUUUGACUGCCGUAUAGAUACGGCACACGGGAUCUGGGGCUUCUGUCCGACCACUGUUAUUUCCGCUACAGACUGCGGUCUUGCGGCGGCUUGCAAGGACAGCGGUACGUGCACAAGCAUCUGUCGCUUCAACACGAACACUGCUUUGACAACAUUCACAUGUGCGAAUUCGGGUACUCUUACCAACUACUGCUCUACGGCUCUGUUGACUUUUGGCGUGGACCAAACCUACGGCUAUCUAGCCUGUGGUGCAAGUUCAGAAACGCAGCAUUACGAUGUUUCAGCGACGGUCACGCCCUCUACCUCUUUAACAGCAUCAUCUUCGACAAAAACGUCUUCGGCCUCCUCCGGUUCCUCGUCCUCGACAGGACCAUCCUCCGGAACAACCAGCUCCGUUCCGCUACCAACUACCUCAACAGCUGAUUCCAACAGCAGUAAAGGAAACAGCGGGAGUAGUGUCGGACCCAUCGUCGGUGGUGUUGUCGGCGGCCUGGCGCUUGUGUGUGCAUCUGUGGUUGCGGUCAUCUACAUUGUCAAGCGAAACCGAUCCAGGACACCAACUGAUCAGGACCCACGACAUGCACCAGAGACGCCACUUGCACCGCCACAACCGCCAGCUCAGAGCCUGUACGAGGUGGCUGCAUCAAACGAGGAGGCAAAGUAUCCGUUUGUGCAUGCUUCCCAGCAAGACUACUCUUACGCAGUUGAACUGCCUUCAAAUACGCAUAACUAG